CUUGUUUCUCUCCUUACCGUAAUACCAUUGUUUCACCGAUUCUAACAACGGGAACCCUCCGGAUCGGAAGCAAGACGGAAGCGCAGGUGGAGGAAUCUGAUAGCGGAAUGAGAAGAACCCUCGCAGCCAGAUCGCUCUACCGACCGUGAUCUCUAGUACUUCGUGCUUGGCUAGGGAUGAGAAGGCAGCAUAGGAGUUGGGGUACAAGACGCCAGAGACUUCGAUACUAUGACUGCUGCUGAGACUGCUUCCACCGUCUUGGCAUACUUUGGAGCCGUCUUCUGGUCCAUCCAGCUCCUCCCUCAGAUCUACCUAAACUACUCCCGGCACCACACCAUCGGUCUGCACCAAGCCAUGAUGCUCCUCUGGGCCUUUGCCGGUCUCCCCCUCGCCCUGCACAACAUCCUCUCUCACCAGCCCAUUGCACUACAAGUGCAGGCCGAGAUUCUGACGGCUCUUUCCUUGAUCACGUGGGCACAAGUACGGUACUAUAGUCAUGGCUGGACUGUGAAGAGAUGCCUAGGUUGCCUGCUCGGACUCACCUUUGCGUUCGCAGCGGUCCAGCUGAUCGUCAUCCUCGGCUUCAGAAAGGGGGCUCCUUCUGGGGAAGCGCCAGAGGCCUUCAUUAAGGCCAUGGCUGUGCUCUCUGCUGUCAGCCUAUCUGCUGGAGUAUUGCGACACUACUGGGACAUCUGGACCGAGGAUACUGUGAGGGGUAUCAGCUGGGGGUUCGUCUUCCUAGACGCAAUGGGGGACCUCACCAGCCUCUUAUCCAUUGUGCUGCUCUCCUCCCCGUUGGACAUCUACGCUACUGCGAUCUACGGCUCAGAGCUCUUCCUCUGGACACUCAUGACCAUCAUCGGCGUCGUCUACACUGUCCGGGAUCGCAACAAAGUUCCUCACGCAACGAAUGGUUUCUACAAGUGCAGUACUUUGGAGAGGGCCAACGGGGAACGUCUUCUCCAGGGUCAUCCGUCGCUCCGGGCGUGACCCACCUACGAUGAGAUCGACUUUUGCAUUGCGAUCUAGAAGCCGACGGCAGCUCGAAGGUCAGCGCGAUAGCUAGCGAGCAAGCAGUGACUAUCCUUCUCAAUGAAAUUAGUUUAGCGGCACAGUAUGACUAA